AUGUCCGCCUUCGACGACAGAGCACCCCUUGCUGAAUCCCGGAUCGUAGCCCUCCCCAACCUCCAACACUUCAACUUCAGCGGCUCAGCCGUUAAAUGUGCCACCCUGCUUACCCACCUCCACCUACCAGUCGAGUUGUGGUUCGUAAUGACAUGUUGGUCGGUUGACCAGGCUGCUAGUCGACAGCUGGGAGCCGCCCUUUCCUCCUCUUGGUUCUCAGCCCCUUUCUCGCAGGCCACGUCCCCCGUCGAGCACCCACUUUCCAAGGAGUUUCCCAUGCACCACCUAGAAAUUAGAUACCAAACACCAGGCUCAGAACUUGUAUUCACGGGGUCCAUUGCCCCAGGGGAUAUAGGCAACCUGCCUCACUACGAGAUCAUUUUGGGAUUCUCGGAGCCCGCACUCCCCGCCGACGACACCAUCUCCCUUCCGAUCCUCCCCCUCCGCCGUAUCGAAUCCCUCGACCUCGGGAGACUUCGUGGUUCAGAUACCGGACCUUUCUGCGAGGCCAUCUCGGAAGCGUCCCCAGCGCUGGGAAAGAUAUUCACCAGCGACUCGACCUCGGAGCUAUUCGUAGAUUGGAUUAGAAGGGAUCCUGCUCUCCGAAGUCCCGCAAACGAUCCUGUCCCGUCAGAAGUUGAAGGAGAGACUCCCCCGGCGCCCUAUUUCCCCAAGCUCAAGGCGCUGGCUGUGAUCGCUCAAAACUUCUCCAGCGGUUUAGAAAUAGAACUUGUAGAUGCUCUUGAAGCGCGCGCUAGAUUGGGAUGUCGAUUGGAGGAACUUUGCCUUCCUUCGCGUCCUGACCCUCCUCCGAGUCUGUCUGGAAAUGGGAUGGAGAAGUUGAAGGGUCUGGCAGGGAUUGUAGAGUUACAUUGA